AUGGCAGAAGAUGCAGUUGAUGCAGUUGAUGCAGCUACAAAAUCUGGAAAGACGGAGUUUGACUCAGAGUACAAAGAAGACAAGGUUAAAUUUCUGAACAGUGUGUAUGACUUUGACAUGAGCUGCAUCGAGAGGCAAGUAAUGAUGAAACCACUUGUGGACAGAGUUGAUCAGAAUCAGACUGUCACAAACUGCCGGUUACUCGAGAGGAUGGGCAUCUCUGAGAUGACUCUGAUAGAGAUGGUGUGGACAAAUCUGCAACUGGCUAUCAUAGGCUGCCUGAGUUUCAGUAUUAUGGAGUUCUGCAACAACAAUGAUAUUCAGCUUAGCUCGCAUGGCCAUCUUACUACCCUCCUAAUGCAUUUCUUUUAUCCUUAUGUGAAUUUGUUUUGA